AUGGAUGAUGACGCGUAUACAGCUCUUUCCAUAAAUCAUCAAGAAAGCAUCAAGAGACAGAGGGCAGAUGCAACAGAAUACUAUGCAGGAGGAAAGAGGAGAAUCUUGAGAAUGAAACCGUUUAUAGACGCGUUUCACCAAGGAAAAUGGAUCGUCCCCAAAACUCUUUUGGAAUUGGAAUUUUAUCUGAAUCCAGCAGCUUUAUUCAUGAAUGGAGAAGCCAAUCCACCCAGUGAGGAAGUCCGAGUCAACCCAGAGGAUAUUAAACUUACCUUCUUUCUAUGUCUGGUGUCCCUAAAUCCAGCCGUCUACAUGAGCAUGAUGAGUAUGAUGACCAAAACCCCAACCAAGUAUCCCAUGAUCCGUACCGAGAUGAGACAGUUUCCCUUAGACAAUGGGGCCACUUCUAAAGAAAUCAACAACCCAUUCAAUGGAAAGGUGCCCCAAAGAGUCAUCAUUGGUAUUCUGAAAACUACUGCAUUCAAUGGUCAAUACAACGAAGACCCCUUGGCCUUUGGAAAAUUUGGGGUGGAAUACAUCAAACAAAUUGUGAAUGGAGAAGAAUACCCAUACGAGACUUUGGAACUCAACACGGCUAAUGGUCAAAAAGACUUGGUGGGUUAUCACCGAUUUCUGGAUGCUACUGGCUGUCUGUACAGAAAUGCAGGAAACAUGGUGCGAUUCAAAGACUGGGGUCAUGGAAAAAAUUGCACGCUGUUUGCGUUUUCCAAUGUGGCCAAUGGAAGACACGAUGACCCGGUUCUUCUACCUAAAAAUGAAGGCUUCAUCAACAUUCACAUUAAAUGUGCAGGGCAAGCAAGUCAGAAAACGGUGAUCGUUUAUGCUGAAUAUGAAAGCAUUAUGGAAAUUGAUGGAAUUAAAGGAGCUACCACGAUGGAAGUGCAUUAG